ACUCCCUGUAUGUCUCCGAGUACUUCUCUCAGAGUGCACAGAAGCUGUCCUUCUACAGCUGGUAUGGGAACGCAAAACUCUUCCACUUCCGUGUGCCAGAAGACACCGUGCUGCUUCGUUGGCUUCUGCAAGCGUCCCGAGGGAAAGGACCUGAGUGCACCAACAUGGAGAUCACAGUGCACUUUCGCUAUGGAGCCCCUCCUGUAAUUAAUCCACUGGGCACUCGUUUUCCUGCAAAUGCGACCGUCCGUCCAUCCUAUAGCAUAAGCAUUGCUCUGAGCAGCACUGUGCAGAACACCACCUUUGUGAACAUCACCACCCCUGCUGCUGGAGACUGGUUCAUUGCUGCCCAUCUCCCUGAGGCUGCUGGCAGGAUUGAAGUGAAGGGUUUCUCCGCUCCAUGCCCCUAUAUGUUCCAGGCAGAUAUGUUUGUGCUCAGACUCACUGAUAUGCCUGUUCUGGAGCCUGGUGUUGCUAUGCCACAAACCGUCGUCUCGCCUGCUAAGCCACUGCAUGUCAAGGUUUUCAUCCCCAAGCACACCGCCAGGAUGCAGUUUGAGCUGCGAAGCUGCAUGACAAGCGAGCAGAAAGCGUGCAGCGUGCGGGUAGUGCUGGGCUCUAUCACAUUGCCCCAGUCCUUCCAGAGGAUCAUCACCUGCACAGGGAAUGUAAACUGCAGCCUGGCCCUGGAUUCACCCCCCUGGGAGAAGUGGCUGCAGAUUGUGGUGGAGAGUCUCGGCGCCACCAAUGCCAGUGUGUCAGUGGAGACGCUGGCUUCUUUCACAGCUUGCAGACCAGGAAGUACCAGUUCAUUCCUUAACUUCAGCAGCCUAAACCAGAGCCAAAGUGGUCCCAGACCUGGCAGUGCAGGAGCAGCAGGGAGCUCUGCUCUGUCUGCUGGAGAGGCGUCACGCAAUGCAUCCAACCAGAGGAGCUUCUGCCUGCAGAACCAGCCCAUCGUCCGUGAGGACCUGGAUGUGGUGUCUGUGCGCUACAGGCUCCUGAAUGGUCCCAGUGUGCCCGUGAACUCCCUCUCCCCGACCCUCCUCCUCCUCACCCUGAACACUGGCAUGGACAGCGGGGGUUCCCUCGUGGUCAGUCUCCUGCUUAACAAGACGUCCAUGAGCCUGGCCAAUGCCACCGUGGUUGCGUGUGUGAGUGCUGCUUCACCGGUGCUGUCCCUCAAUGCCACGCAGAACUGCAGCACAGCUUUUUUUCAGGGCUACCCUCUGAGCGUGAGCACGUCCUCUGUGGAAGCGAUGCUGAUUGUCCUCUACCCACAGACCGAUGACUGGUUCCUCUCCCUGCAGCUCAUCUGCCCAAAAGGCCAGGGUGAAUGUAACGCCGCAGAAGCCAAAGUGACCGUCUUCGCAUACCUCACCCCCUGCUUCAAUGACUGUGGGCCGUAUGGUCAGUGCAGCCUCCUGAGAAGACAUGGCUACCUCUAUGCUGGCUGCAGCUGUAAGGCUG